AAGUGCACCGGAAACAAUCGAAAGCGAUCUAACAGCUAUCGCGAAAGAAAUUCAUCCCGAACUAGUGAUAAAAACUGCAACAAAGCAAACGGAAAGCGAUAUUACUCAACAAGCGAUGUUACGAAACAAUCAAUUUUCUCCGUCCCGCGGAAUCGUAAAUCUUUCUCCGAUUCGAUUUCCGAUAUCAUUCUCGGCAUAAAUGUAAGCAAAAGAUUUUAUGCUAGCUGCAGCAAAGACAAAAAAGAUCGAAGACAAGCUCCGUCUUGUGAGGAACAAAAAAUGAAGUGCGAGAAAAAAGAGGAAACUAAGAAAAAGUGUGUAAAAGGUGUUGCUAAAUGUAUGUCGAGAAAAAAGACUACUACUGAUAAGAUGCAAAUCUGUCAGUCUACGAAAAAAGACGAAGACAAGAAAUUUUAUGAAUCUACGAAAAAGGAGGAAUUUUGUGCCACCAUAGAAAAAGAAAUUAAAAAAGAUAAAAAGUCUAUAGAACAAUUGAUAAAGGAACAGAGAGAUCGCGAAUACAAAGAGAUAGAUGAAUGCAAGAAGGGGAAAAAAGAGAAAAAGGGCGAUAAAAUCAAAAUAAUUUCCUUAAAAAAGCUGAUGGGCUUAGAUCGCAUGAUCAAUUCAUAUAAAAAACAGGAAAAGCAGGAUAUCGAAAAGUUUGUAAGCACACGUAACGAAUCAAUCAUUUCUAUGGACGCCGUGUUUAAGUGGUUCAACAUUCAAUCUAGGAUUAUUAAUGGCACGAUCCCAAUUAUUGCCAAGGAUGUCGGACUGUUCAAUGCAAUGUUUGAUCGAUCGUUCUCUACUGCCAAACUGGAUUAUCAGGAUGAUUUUGCUAUCGGACGAACUAUGAAUGAUGAUAAAAUAGUUCAAAACUAUUCUGCGAAUGACGACGAUUUUAUUCAUGGCGAUGAAAUACCGAAUUAUGCUGAAAUAGAAUAUGAGGACGAAGAAGAUGACGUUCACGAGGAUCACUAACCGAUCUCCAAAAUCAAUCGAAUCUUACGCAAAGGUCACAGUAUAUAUUAAUUUAAUAUAAGUAGUGAAAA